GAUUUAUUUUGUCAUUGACUGCUGGCUACUUCGAGAUCCCACCUAUGGUUGCCUAUUUGUCUCCCUCCGAUGAAUCACUGCACCGAAGUACAUGACGUCAGUUAUCUCCAAGAUUUUUUGUCUUUCCAACUGUGACGGUAUUGAGGCCGCCAUCCAACAGUACACACGGAACCAUACGUGUGAUGUCGUUCCGGACUUUGAACUACGCCGUCUUGUUGAUGACGACUUCAUUGCCGGAUUUUGCAUGAGGGGUGAGGUCACCGUUAUUCCGCUCCAGUUCUCCCAUGAUCUGCAUUUUACCGUUAAAAAUUCUGUGCUCUCCAUCUACAUGUCACCCACCGUUUAUGCGGGCUUCGGUAUGCCUUGUGAGAAGAUCAAAGAAAAACCGCGCAUGAUAUAUUACCGGAUCUCAAAGUGCCUUCACUUGAUAGUGUAA